AUGAGCUUCCAUGGACGAACAGCUGCAUGCAAGCCUUACAUCACCAAGCACAAUGCCAGACGUCAGGUGGAGUGGAGUAAAGCUCACCAACACUGGACAAGCAGUGGAAAUGUAUCUGGCAGUCUGAUGAAGAAGUCUGGGUCCAGUGAAUAUCAGGAGGACCCUUUCCCAUACACAGGCCUGGAGCCCCGGCUGCUCGGAGCCUGCAGAGGUGUCACCUCACACCUUCUGGUCCUGCAUAAAAACCUCCAGCCUUCGGCUUUUGCCUUCAUUCGCUCUCCAAAGUCCUCUAGCAUGGAUCCAUCCAGCCUGUGCCAGCACCCUCAGAGCCUGUGGAGCUCUGACUCCGAGUUCUACAGCAUUUCUUCUCCAGAGACCAUCUCACCAGCUCCUUCAAUGGAUUUCAGCAGCUCCCCAUCUCACCAGUCCAAGCAGGGCAGGUCAAACAAACCAGGACGACCGAAACUUGCCAAAAAGCCUGGCUCCACAAGAUCCAGGCUGAAGAACCCAAGUGAGCAGCGUCAGAAUGCCAGCGAGAAGGAGAAGCUGAGGAUGAGGGACCUGACUAAAGCUCUUCACCAUCUCAGAACCUACCUGCCUCCUUCGGUAGCUCCCGCCGGACAAACCCUGACCAAGAUCGAAACUUUACGCCUCACCAUACGCUACAUCUCCCACCUGUCUGCUCAGCUGGGCCUCACCGAAGAAUACCUGGCCCAGAAGAAGCAGACAGACAGCAGCAGUGGA